UCGUCCGCUGACAACAAACAUGCGUCGUAGGCGGACCGACGGGGAGUGAUAGGGGGGACAGUCAGCCAGCUCGAACGACAAACUCACGUUAGUUGUGGUGAACACAACUUUUAAGCUUUUCUGUCCGUCACAGAAUUAAUAAUAUAGUUGAGCGACGCGAAGCUCUGUCUGCCCAAGGUGUUCGGUUUCCUCAAUUUGAGGGUUGCGAUGCCCUCUGACUUUAUCUCCCUUUUCAGCGGGGACCUCGACCUGAAUUCUCCCAGAUCCCUGUACGCUAAAGGAAGUUCCCUCUGAAGCAGGGAGUGUCUGCAUAUAAAAUGGUCUGCAGUUCUCUGCUUCAUAGGUCAGAAGCUUGUUUAUUUUGUCUCUGUGGCUACGUUCAGUCCCAAAAAAUUAACUUUUGUAGCAAAAAAAAAAAAAAAAAGAAAAGCAGAAAAGAAAAAGCUCCAAUAAUUGGCAUGCGCCAUAUCGUACAUAUUACUGUUUUGAACUUCCCUCUCCAUUUCACCAUUUUGGCAAGUAAUUUGAACAUGAACAAAAUGCUAACAAUAACGAUAAAAACGUUAAGUCAGAUUUUUUUUUUUUGGAAAAUUGAUUUCAAAAAGACUGCUCAACUCCCAUCUCAUCCGUUUUAUUUUUUAGUCACAACUCUACACACGCCCAUGUAAAAGCCCGUGAAAAGGGGGAAAUUAAAAAACAAAACAAAAAAACAAUCAUGAUCAGCAUCAUGAAAUUUUGCUGCUUAAAAGGGACUGCUAGCCAACACUGUUUGAGAUGUCUUUAUUCACUGUCAAAUUAUUUGUGCUGUAGAUGCCAUGUCCUCUUCUAUGACCAUGGAAGGCCCCCGCAGUGCUUUUUCCACCUCUUCCAGCUCCACCCUGCAUUCCAAUACUUUAGCCUGUGACCAGAACCCAGUUCACACCAGCAAUGUUGAUCCAGAGGACAACAGGAGCAGCAGAGUGGUACCGGAGGUGGUCGGAGCAGAAGGUGGGAAUGGUACCGGCAGUGGCAGCGGUGAGGUAGGAGGAAGAUGCGUAACAUCCCAGGAGGCCCAGUCUCAUCACCAGAUGACCCCAUCCAAGCGCCGCACUAUAUUGAACAUCUCUCCACCUCCACAAGACCUUUUCGAUGAUAGCCACAUGUCUUGCCGCGAUGAAACAUCCCUGGACUCAGAGCAGAGCGACAGCUUCUGGAUGGAUGACUCCCUCUCCAACUUUAGCGUCAUGAGCAGUGUCUCUUACAACGACAACACAGAAGUGCCACGAAAGUCCCGUAAACGUACCCCUCGUCAGAGGCCUGGCCCUAAGAAUGUGCCAGCAGAGGGAGCCAGCAUGGAUGUGUUUGAUGCUGACAGUGCCAAAGGUCCUCACUUUGUCCUGUCACAACUAGGUCCAGACAGCAAGGCGGGAUCUAAAGGAAGCGCUGAUGAUCCCCAGAAAACUAACCAGAAAGGAGGAACACUUUCAAUGCAAUUCCCUCAGAAGAGUGAGGGGAAGGAGCUGAAGAUCCUUGUCCAGCCAGAAACUCAGCACAGAGCCCGCUACCUGACAGAAGGCAGCAGAGGUUCGGUGAAGGACCGCACUCAGCAGGGUUUCCCUUCUGUAAAGCUCGAGGGGGUGAAUGAGCCGGUGGUUUUGCAGGUGUUUGUAGGCAACGACGCUGGGCGUGUGAAGCCUCAUGGAUUUUACCAGGCUUGCAGGGUGACCGGUCGCAACACCACCGCCUGUAAGGAGGUCGACAUUGACGGCACAAUUGUCAUUGAGGUGCCUCUUGAUCCGAGCACCAACAUGACACUAGCGGUGGAUUGUGUUGGAAUCUUGAAACUACGUAAUGCUGAUGUUGAGGCUCGUAUUGGUGUGGCCGGGUCAAAGAAGAAGAGCACACGUGCCCGUCUGGUGUUUCGGGUCAACAUCCCCCGCUCAGAUGGAUCAGUGCUCACGCUACAGACUCCCUCAUCUCCAAUCCUGUGUACCCAGCCUGCAGGGGUUCCUGAAAUACUGAAGAAGUCACUGCACAGCUGUUCAGUGAUUGGUGGAGAAGAGGUCUUCAUCAUUGGCAAAAACUUUCUUAAGGACACCAAAGUCAUAUUUCAUGAGAAUGUUUCUGAUGAGAAAUCGUGGAAGGCAGAGGCCGAAAUUGACAUGGAGCUGUUUCACCAGAAUCACCUGAUAGUGAAGGUUCCUCCAUACCAGAACCAGGCCAUCACCUCUGCAGUAAAUGUGGGAAUCUACGUGGUGACAAAUGCUGGGAGGUCCCAUGAUGUGCAGCCUUUUACCUACACUCCAGAUCCAGCAAAAAAUGAGGUUCCUGUGAAGACAGAGACACCUUCUCCUGUGAAGACUUGUUCUUUUGAUGAGCAAAUUAAAGAUGGUGCCUUGAUGCCUUCAAUAUUGCCUUUAGUGAAGAGAGAAGAUGUCACACCAAUGGAGGUAACAUGUAACCUCCAAUCUUCUGGAGUAUUUAAGACUGGUGACAUCUGUCCAGCCCAGCAGAACACAGACAUGACGGUGGGACAUCAAAAUAAAAACAGGGCAUUCUCCAGCAACUUGUCUCAACCUUCAGGUGAUCCUGACAAAGGCCAGACACCUGUUUUUACCAACACUGAGCCAUUAAGCACUAUCCAGAAGCAGGACAUUUCUGCCAGCAGCUCAUUCCCUGUGCCUGCAGAGUCCCUGCUCCAGCAAAGCUCCCCCCAGUUCCUGCUGGAGCCCAGGGAUGGCCUCAGACAGGAGAGGCCAGGCACUGGCUCUACAACUGUGGACCGACUGUGUGGGGAACCUGCAUCCCAACAGCAACAGCUGCCGUUGUUCCCUCCAGAUGAAGUGGCACAGCUGGAGGAGGCUGUAAGACAACUUAAAGCCAAAGGGUUCUGUAGCUUACCACUUCAGGCUGACAACUCUAUAACCAAACAGCAACACAUUCAGCACCAACAACAGAUCCAGAAACAGCAAAUUCAGCAGCAACAACAGCAACAAAUCCAGCAGCAGCAACAGCAGCAGCAGCAGCAGCAGCUUCAACAGCAGCAAGUUUUGGAAAAUUUAAAUUUACAGCAGCAACUGUUUCAGUCACAGAUUCAGAUGCAGUGUGGGAUGUUUCAGGAAACUUCCCAGGGCAAAAGGGCCGAACAUCAAGGCCCAUCACAAGGGGUGGUUCCAAACCAAGGAUCUCUUUUCCAGCCAGCCCAACAACAACAGCAGCAGCAGCAGCAGCAAGCAGCACUGUUUCAGCGGGCCAAUGACCUUCUUUCUAUUCAGACCAACUUCCUUCAGCAGACACCCUCUCACCCUUCACCACCCAUGUUCCACAAUCCCAGCUCCUUGGCUGAAACCCAAGAUCCACAGGGGGCCAUGUUUCAGAAAGCCUCACAGGAGCAGGUCCAGGCCGCUCUCUUCCAAAGCACCAUGACAGUGCUACAGUCUCCAGAGCAACAGCCCUCAACCCCUGGGCUUUACCUCCCCCAGGCCUCCCUGCCCGCGCAGCUUACAGCAAGCAGUUCCCAACAACAGCAGCAACAGCAGCAGCUUGCCUUCCUUAAUGCUCUUCAGUCCUCUUCUCCUGAACCACAGUCAGUAUUUCAGACCCAGGCCCAGAUCUCCCCCAUACAGCAGAGACCCAUGGAGCAGCAGCCGCCCUCCCAGCCACAGCCCUGCACACAGCCAGCCCAGCAGGCUUCCCUUUUUCAGACCAUCUCCCCACAUCCAUCUGCAAACACACUCUCUCCAGGCCAGCAGCAGCAACAGCAGGCAGGCCUGCUGUUUUGCAGCAAUGCCUUGUCCACACCAGAGCAGGCACCCAGCCUCCUUUUUAGCAGCCAGGGCCAGAUGCCUCCCCUGACCAGCAACAGCAUCGUUUCUCAAGAAUCCCAAAACCCUUCUCUGCUCUUUUCUCAAGCCAACAUGGUGGCAGUUAACCAGCAGGAUCGCUCUGAGCCCAUGGCUUUAGGGAACCCUACUGAUCCACGACAGCAAGUCAUGUUCCAGGAGCAGCAGCCUAUGCAGCUGGGCGGCGGCACCAACAACCAGCCAGAGCAACCUGUGGCGCUCUUCAUGCCUCAGUCUAACAUGGCCUCUCUGCAGGGGGGACUGGCUGCUCAGGAGCUUGCACAGUCAGCCAUGUUUGCCUCACAGAACGGCGUGACGAACCUCCAGACAACCACAUCCUCCCCUGUUCAACAGCCAGGAACUUUGUUUCAGACCGCUGUGAGUGGGAGCAUCAAUCAGCCCAGCCAGCCUCAACAACCUGGCCUUUUCCUUUUUGGUAUUCAGAAUGAGUGUGGCCAGCUGAUGAACGCUCCUGGAAACACAGUGUCAGAUCAGAUAAUAGCAAUCAGUCAGUCUGGUCAGAACCAAAGGGAGAGUGACGCACGCAUCCAGUCUCUGCUCAGCCAGUCGAUGUCUCAGUCUGGACAGGGUGGCAUGUCUGCCCCUCAGAACAUGGAGAAGAUGGAUGACCUGCUGGUCACCAUGCAGGAGCCAGGCACCAACAUAAGUCGUUCAUAUUAACCUUCAUGAAGAUUCACGGAUUUACCCUUUCUUUUUUUUUCUUUUCUUUUUUUUUUUACUGUUAAUGUCUAAAAUAAUUACAGACAGAAAGGUCCAAACAUUGUUGGUAAAAAAUACAUGGAGUUAGACCUUUUUGGAAUUAGCCCAACGUCACAUGCUUUCAUCUCAUCACUGAUUUUUUUCUCCCUUAUAAACACAAGAUUUGAUCUCUUUAAAAGCCAAGGAUUUGCCAGGAAUUAACUGUGAAGGAACGCUUAAGAAGAGAAUGAGAGGUUGGCAAAAAAAGCAAGCAUCUCUUUUUAACCUGACUGACUCCCUGUUGCUGUGUGAAAACAGAGAGGUGGAGAACAGUGUGAGAACAAUUACGCUGCCAUGGCAGAAGUGGAAUUCUGCCUUUUCUCCAACUCUUCUUCUGGAAAGACAAUUACUUAGCCAACAUGGAAUUCAUUUUACUUUUGAAGUUUUGCUUUUAUCUGUUAGUAGAUAUCAUGUGAUGUUAGCAGAAUCUUUCAGUUCUUGUGUUGUUCUCCAAAGUGUCUAGGGGUUUCCAUGAAUGGUGUUCCCUUUAAUAUUUUUGUCUGUAUUGUAUGGUAGAAUGUGCGGUAUGGCAGGAAGAUUUAGAAAGUGUUGUAUGUUUGAAGACUUUGAAAGCAGCCACUGUGGGUUUGAAACUAUGUUCACUUGACUCAACAGUGCAGGAAGUGUUUUAAAAGAUGGUUAGAGGAGGAUGAGAAACGAGAGGAACGAGAGGAACGAGGACUGUAGGAAUGAGCAGAUAGGAUGCAUAGGCACAAACAAGUGUCUAUCAUCUGUGUAGGUGCUGAUUAUGUCAGUGUUGUAGCAUCUAGCAUGCACCUGUAAUAUAAAUAAAUUCAUUCUACUUAUCUCUGGUAGCUACAACAUGACAUAUUAAUGAUAUGAUAUAGAAGCUCAGCUGCUCAGUAAGUGUAGUCAUUUACAUAACUAAAGUAAUGUUGUACAAUUUGCUGUUUCCUGGCUAAAUUAGUGUGAUCUAGGCCUGACAGGAAUACUGCCAGUGUGACACCGGAUAAGAUCAUCACCUCUAUCUCCAUCACAGCAUGCACCUUUGUAAUAAGGGCAAGCAAAACGUGUUCAGGCAUUUUAAUACAUUACAAAGAGGAGUCUCUUAAGACAGUGUGGUGGUGGAAAUCAACAUUUGCCACGUUGGUCUUUGUGACCAUUUCUAUCAUCAUGAAUUCAGCAAAUCUCCACAAGGUGGUGCUUUUGUUUUGAGCCACCUCUUCCUCACUGUUUACAAAAAGGAAAAGACAUUUUCUAACAACCGGGUGGAACUAAAAAAAACUAUCUACACCCUUUUAAGCCAGUAUCGUUAAAUAUAUCAUAAUCAGUUACUGCAAACCAAAAAAAUGGUUCUGAUUUUGUCAUACAAAGGCUGUGUUACAACUAUCAUUAUUACUAAAAUAUGACUAUGGAAAAGUGUGGAUCAAGAGAUUUUUCGUUUAAAUAAUGUAAUUUCACUUGAUAUACACCUUUUAUUUAACUAAAUCCAUCUAUGGUAGAGAGAGUAGAAUGUAAUAUAUUUUGUGUUUUUGUGUCAUUUCGGUGGCGUCAUUCUGCGUCAGGCACGCAUGAACUGGAAUAGUUCUAAAUUCUAAAUGUGGUGGAUUUAGUGAAUGUUGGGGAGAAGCAAUAGUUAGUUUGCUGCAGCUGCACAUCUCAUCCAGGUUACGGUAUUAACAUGCAGGAACAGAGCCCAUUUUCCAUGUUUUUCGUGAAAGUGCAAACUGUACGUGUUUUACAGACUUAAUGUCCUCGUCUGCCGGUGGCCAGUGGCCUCAGGACCAAAGUUUGACUUUGCCUAAAUCCUGAUGACAGGCCAGUUUUAUGGCUCGUGAACUUUUUUUUUGUUUUUUCUUUUUACUGACUUGCAGUUUAGUUCAGCGUAGUCAUAGGACGAUGUAAUUGUUGCUAUGGUGUCCUGCUGCCACCUUAUUCUUUCUGUUUGUGUGCUGUGUUAUUUUGAUUAAAAACAGUUUGUGUCGCACCUGGUUUCGCUGUAAGUGUAUGAACAAGGGGCUGGUCUCUGAUGAUGAUGGAAUUAUCUCCAUCCUAUGCCUCAUUGUUGUCUAUGUACAGUUUGUUAUAAAUACAUUAAAGCGGUUACAUUUUAUACACUUAAAAAUCAGACACAGCUGUUGUUUUUUUUUUUUUUUAGGGCCGAAAGUAUGCAAACUUGACUAAUGUGAUUUGUGGAACUGUGAUGUGUCAGUUUGAGUGACAAAGGUGUGAAAAGUUUUUUUUUUUAAAGGGACCCUACUCCUGAAGGAAACCUGACUUUGGAGAUAAAGAGCUAUCUGAGAUUGGCUUUCUUCAACUCGUCAAAUAGAAGAACUAAUAUUUCCAGUGUUGAGUAUUUAUGGUGUUAUUGCUUUUGUCUGUAGAAAGAUUUUUUCUUUUUUAACUGUGUAGUAUUUGUGCCUCUGUUCGGAUAUCUAAUUUAUUUGUGUUGGUUGUUAUCAAAAUUGUUUCCCGUGAUUAUAGUUGUGUUUAUAUGUGUAUUGAUGAGCCCCUGCUGAUACAUUCAAUCUGAUGUUGGUGGUUUUUACCUUUAAAUUUCAGAUUCCUCUGUGCAGUUACUCCUGUGACUUUCAGGAGGUCUAAACUUUAAUGUAUAUUAUCACAUGUUCUCAUGGUUUGUAAUUGGACCGCUGCAGCCCUGUAGCUCUUGUUGACCAAAAUAACAGCAUGGCAAAAUGUCACAAAACAGUUGGACCAGCAAAUUUUACUAUUUUUGCAGUGAGUACAGAGCUAAAUGUGUUUGUACACACUUAGAACCAGAAUUCCUGGAUACGCACACAGGAGCGUUUUUUAUAUUGUCCUUAUUUGUGUAUUUACAAAGUAACUGGACAUCAGAGAAAUAUAAGAGUCUAUCUGAUUAUACAGUGGAAUAGAGGGAGACUGUUGAUAAAAGUUCUUGUGUUUUUCUCAACAUGCCACAGACUUUUGCAGCAUUUCUUGCAAAAGAACUAGAUGUGGUUUUCUUUUAACAUUACCAGUAAACCAACUGAGUCAUAGCUCAUUUUUCACAAGUACAGAUUGCACAUCUGCCUUGCGGAGAUAUUGUCGUAACAAUCAGAUUGAUAUUUUCUAUUGUGGCCUGUUUAACACCCUGCUGGUUCAUCCAGCGGCCAUUAUGCGUGAUUUAUACCGUACAGGACUCCGUAAGGACCUUGCGCACAGGCCCUCUGCCGGGGUGGGACAUUUGUACAUGUGCUCUCGUCAGUCAGUUACAACUCCACCCAAACGCUAGACGGUGCUGUGUCUUUUGUGCCAGUCGGUUUAUUUUUCGUUUCAACAUCCUGCUUCACAACAAUGGCAGCUGAAACUUCCGCCGAAAUUUCGCUGACACGAAAUCAUAGGAAUGUCUGUAUCUCCAAACCUCCUCAGUUAACCUUGCUGAUUCCGUAUUGAUCCAAAUCAAUCAAUUUGAAAAUCGCGGAGAUGAAGAAGCAGCCGGAAAUACUAAAGCAGAAACACGCUACUACCAAGAGGACCAAUCACAGCUCGCUGCAGCAAGUUGUUAAAUUUCUCGGGAGGUGCGAGGUUGUGCAGGGUCUGCGGUAACGCAGGAGCCUCUGCGUCACUUUAACGCAGAAGCAUAAAUUACGCAUUAGUCCUCAUUAACUAGAAUGUUUUAAGCCAUAACACUUUGAGUGUGCUUUAAAUGCUCAACAACAGUGACCAGAUAAUUGUAGUUGUGGUGGGAUAUAGUGUUGUGCAAUUCCUGUCAUGCAUCUAACUUGUUUGUACUGAAGUAUCCAUCGCAUCUAUGUUAUUCGACGUAGAUGCAGACAGAUUUUCUCUGAAACUGCUAUGCAGCUAAUAUAUCUUAAAUGUAGAUCUAUUACUUUUUGAAUAUAUAUUUUUCUAUAUAGCCUCUCCCGUUUAUAAAAGGAGAAACCAAAAUAGAUGUUCUUUCUAUUAUUUAUGUUUCUUGUUCAAAUGUGUUCUGAUGCUUUAAGUGCCGCCUGUAACCAAUUAACUUUUGCCACUUUCUCCACAUGUUAAAAAAAUGUCACUAAGUUUUCGUUUUCUUCAGUGGACUAUUGGGUUUAUUUUGAGGCUCGGUGUUUACUGGUGUAGUGGUUCCUAAUCUCCCUGACGCUAGACUGUCAUAUGAUUGUUUUUCAGACCAGAGAAAUGCAUCAUUUUUUGUUUUUUUUCUUUCUGUACAUUAAAACAUCAGAGCGCAUUGUCAUUUGUUUCUAAUGAGUCUGACAUUACUAUUUCCCCCAAAACAGUUUUCUCUCUCUACACUUGUAAAAAGUCAGUUCUUAUCAAGUCAACCACUCUUUUAGUAAACAGCUGAAGAGUGGAAAUUUCUAUUUUUGUUUCUAACCAUGUGAACAACUGUCAAAUAAUCACCAAAGGAAAUAACUUUCUUUACUUUUGGCUUUAGCUGGGACAUUUUUAGUUUUGUGGCAAUUCAUUUUCUGUAAACUUCCUGUUAUCUUUAUUAAACAUAUACACUUUAAA